UGAAUACUAAGUCUACAUCGAACGAGAUAUCGAAGUGUAUUCGGCGUACAAUCAUGGCGCAAUUAUUAGCACGGAAAGUGGUUGCGAUCACCGGCUGCGGCACUGGCAUUGGUCGCGCUACAGCACUCGAAUGUGCACGACAAGGUGCACGGCUUAUUCUCCACCAUAUCGGCGACACGAAGUCAUCGGAUGAUAUAUCCUCACUACAGGACGAAAUAACUAGGCUUAACAAGUCGGCCAGAACAAUCAGUGUAGCAGCAGACGUGAGAGACCCAGAAGCGGGUCAAAGAAUCGUUGAUGCUGCGAUAUCAUCGUUCGGUGAGCUCAACGUCGCCAUCAACAAUGCUGGAAUAUGUCAAUUUCUUGACCUUGCGGCUGUCACUGCUGAGCAGCUCGAUACUCAUACCGCCGUCAACUUCCACGGCCCAUUUGCCAUUACACAAGCUGUUGUUGAGCAGAUGAAGAAGCAGGGCACAGGGGGGUCAAUCGUAUCAAUCGCUUCGAUAACAGCAACCAUGGGUUCAUCUCGACUGACUCACUAUGCUGCCACCAAAGCUGCACUUCUGGGAAUGUCUGUCAGCUGUGCAGUAGCACUUGGACGCUAUGGCAUUCGUUUCAACACUGUUAGUCCGGGCACUAUCGAGACAGCAAUGAACAAGGCAGAUCUUAGUGGAGCAAAGCGAGGGUCGAUGGAAGAGAGAGUACCACUUGGAAGACUGGGAAUACCUGAAGACAUCGCGAAGCCCGUUGUCUUCUUUGCAAGCGACAUGGCGCAAUACGUCUCUGGGCAGAAUCUGAUUGUGGAUGGAGCUGCAUCAGUUAAUUAUCAAUAA